UGGCUCGAGAUUGGCCGCCCCUCUCUCUCUUCUGCUUCCCGAGGGAGAGGGCGCCGUGGAGUCCGGUGAGCCCGCCGGGAUCCGGGCGCGUGCGGGCCGCCAUGCCGCCGCCCGACAAGGGCAAGGGCAAGGGAGAGAAGAUCAAUGCGCAGUUCUCCUCCAUGCCCGCCACGGAGUGCAUCGGCGCUGGCCGCCUGGACGGCUGGUUCUCCACGCCCGCGUACAUAUGCGAGGGCAGGGGUUGGGGGCACAUCAGGUCUUAUUGUUUCGAGGGCGACCUGUUCUUUCACCUGCAGCGGAGCCCUCUGCUUCGCAUGGUGAACUUCCAGAAGAAGGACCCAGUCACCUUUGAGGGCUGGUAGGAUUCAACGGGCAGGUCGAGGCGGUGAAGCUGUUGCUGCCCAGACAGGUGAGCGAGCAGGAGAAUGGGGUCAAGAAUGCCCACGGCGAGGACAUUGGCAAGCCGGAGCCCCGUGACCUGGCGGGGCAGAGAAUAGAGGGCCAAGUGAAGUCGCAGUGGCAGCUUGUCGAGAAGCAGAGCUGGGGCUUCUGUGGCUCCGAACACUUCCACGGGCAGGUGUUCUGGCACAUCACCGACAGCCCCGGCAUGGAAGGCAUCAAGUUCGAGAGAGAGGACCUCGUCGAGUUCGAGAUCACCGUCGACCCCUCGCGGGGCAACGAAGUACGGGCCAAGAAGAUGGUGUACCUUGGGCAAGGCAGACGAACCUACCUCGGUCCGAAGAAGCUGUCAGAGAAGAAACUGGCCAAGAAGGAGCAGUGGAAGAGGAACUGGAGGAAGGGCCACCCGCCAGACUGGGAAUGCAAGAACUGCCUGUUCAGCAACUUCGGUCGCAACAAGAUCUGCAGGAAGUGUGAGAUCGGCACCAGGCCUCCGCGGGAGGAGUGGCCCGAAGAGGAGGACGACUACGACGACAACACCGCCGCGCACAUGCAGCCUGGCGAUUGGAGGUGCCCCAAGUGCAACGAGAUUCAGUUCUCCAACCGCGACAGGUGUCGCAAGUGCGGCACGGACAGACCACCCUUCCAGGACCUGGCCGCCAUGCUGAACGUGCCGCCUGGCACCUACAAGGCCCCCCCGGACCUGCAGAAGGACGGCGACUCUUCCCACCGGGCGAGCGCUCCCCCUCCGGCGCCACACAACCCGCAGCAGCAGAAGGUGGCGGAGACGCUGUUCGGCAAGUUCUCGCCCGACGAAAACGUCCAGGCGCAGCUCGCUCUCUGCAUGGGCGCGUUCAACGAUCUCGUGAAGGCCACGGUGCCCGACGGGGACAACAGCGCCAUCAUCGAGAAGGUGCAGAGCCUGGUGGCCGAAGUGAACGGGGUGCUCAGCGAGGACAAGAGUGCCAAGCACGCCUUCGCGAUGCAGAUCGCCAAACACCCCUGGUUCAGUGAGAACGGGCAGGAGGUGCGGUACAAGCCGAGCCAGAACCUCAUCGAGGUCUCCAGAAGCUUGAAAGGCAAGGGCAAGGGCAAGGGGAUGGACAAGGGCAAGGGCGACGGCAAGGGCGACCACGAGCGCCCGCCGCCUCCUCCGCCUGGGCCGGGCCACGUGAUCCGCGGGUCGAUCUUCGGCGCCGCGGCGGCGGCGGCGGCGGCGGCCGGGCGCGGCGAAUCGAGCGGCGGCGGCGGCGGCGGCGGCGGCAGCUGGGCACCGAGCUGGUCCAGGUCGGGGCCGUACUGAGCCGCGCCCCCCUCCCCCGCGCGGUCUCCUCGCUCCUCUCGCGCAUGGGCGCCCCCUCCCUCAGAGAAGCCCCGGAAGGUGGCAGAAGCCCCACCCUGCCAGGUCGAGGAGAAGACUCUUAUGUUCACUCUGUUUUUCUGUUUCUACCCUCGCGCGACCUCAUCCUUCUCCUCCUCUCCCUCUGCAUCCGAGCGGAGGGCGCGGGCGUGACGUGUUAUUAGCGCGGCCUCGGCAGCAACAAC